CGAGGACCUGCCAACUCAGCUGGGAGUUCCUUUUCUGUGGCUCUUUUCACCGCUAUUUCGCCUCUUUUUUCAAUCAAGAUGCCAUGGGCGGCGGAGGAGUGGCGCUGCAGUGAUCAAGAGUGACGUUCCCGUGCCAAAUAAGAGGUGUGGCAAAAAAAGGAGAAAAGAUAUAAAGAUAGAAAAGAAAAAGAACAUCAAGCAACAAAGGGGGGCAGAAAGUACAGGGUUUGGAGAGAACAGGAAAUUUUGAAAAGAACACAUGAAUUCUGCAGCCAUGUCUAAUGAAGGGAGAGCAGCCAAGAUCCUCGAUGCCUUGCAGAAUGACCUUAAGUCCCUCUGCAUGGAGACAAAGAAAAGAUAUCCUCACAUUAAAGAUUCCUGUGAGGAAGCCAUCAUCAAAGUCCGUGGGGCAGCAAUGAACCCCCAGUCUUCGCUGGCUCAGAUAACCUCUCAGAUACUUUACCCACUUGUGCAGGCUGCAGAAACAAAGGACCCCAAAAUUGUUAAGCUAGCUUUAGCAAUAAUGCAGCGGCUAAUAGUCGCUGACGUUGUUGAUGAAAGCAGUGGAGAGCAUGUUGUGGAGACGUUGUGGAUGCUGAUGGAAACAGGUGUGGAGGAGCUGAAGGUUCUCCAGACGGUAACAUUAUUACUUACUACAAGCACUGUGAUCCAGGGACCAAACCUUGCAAAGGCACUAGUUUUAUGUUUUCGGCUACACUUCACUAAGGAUGCUACUGUUGUAAAUACUGCCAGUGCCACAGUGCGCCAGCUAGUGAGUGUGGUGUUUGAAAGGGUUGUUGCAGAGGAUGCAAAGCACUAUCAAGAGGAGGAGGGAAACAAAAAUGACUCAGACGAGAGCGUGAGCCUUGAGGAGUUGAAGGUGUUGAGUUCCAGUCCACCAAAGACAUUGAGACCUGCUGCCGCUGAUGCGUAUCUCAUGUUCCAGGACCUGGUGCAGCUUGUGAAUGCUGACCAGCCCCUGUGGUUAUUAGGUCUCACAGAGAUGACACGCACCUUUGGCUUAGAACUCCUCGAGUCCGUCCUUACAACAUUCCCUGCUGUUUUUUACCAUACAGGCUUUGACGAGGGGAUGAGAACGUUUGGUCUGGAACUGCUUGAGUCCAUCCUCACCACUUACCCGACCAUUUUCCAUGAUCACCCAGAGUUCAACUUCUUGCUGAGGGACCGCGUGUGCGCCCUUGUGAUCAAGCUAUUCUCACCGAACAUCAAGUACCGAGCGUCAGUCCCCGCCAGUGUCCAGCAAGCCACUCCCCUGGACAAGCCCUACUUCCCCAUCGCCAUGAGGCUGCUGCGUGUCGUGUCAGUCCUCAUUCAGAAGUAUUAUCCCUUGUUGGUCACACAGUGUGAGAUCUUCCUCUCAUUCAUGGUGAAAUUCCUGGAUGGAGACCGGCCAGUGUGGCAGCGUGGCUUGGCCCUGGAAGUUCUGCACAAGAUUGCCACACAGCCAGAGCUCCUCAAGUCUUUCUGCACCAAUUAUGACAUGAAGCCCCAUGCAACAAAGAUAUUCCAGGACAUUGUAAAUAGCUUGGGAUCCUUUGUCAAAUCCCUCUUCAUGUCCCCCCAAUCAAGCAUAACCUCCCAGUUGGCUGGGGGAGGGCAGGGAGGAGGGCAGGGGCAGUCGCCGGCCAUGCUUGCUGGUAUGCCUGUAGGCCCAGGUGUCUCCCCACAGCCUGCCUUUUUCUAUAGGGGUGUCUAUCUUCCCCUGUGUGUCAACAUUCCCACAGGGCAGGCUAAGUCAUCUUACCUUGAGAUGCUGGAUAAGCUGGAGCCUCCAAACAUCCCAGAUGGCUACGGUGUAAGUGUUGCCUACUACUGCCUGCUGGACAUCAUACGCUCCAUUCACUUGGUGAUGAUGGGACCCCAAGCUACAAAUGAUGGCCAAACAGGACUAAUGGAUCAGUACAAGCCAACGGAGGGUGACAGGAAGAUCCAUGAACAGCUGGUGAACUCUGCAUGGUGUGGCCUUUUGUCAGCACUUACUGUGUUGUUAGAAGCCUGCACAGAUGAAGCUGCCACAGAAAAUAUACUUAAAGCUAUGCAGACCUUUGCCAGUCUAGCAGGUAAACUAGAGCUGACAACCCCUCGUGACACUUUCAUCACAGCCCUUUGCAAGUCGUGUCUGCCUCCACACUACACCUUGACAGUCCUCAAUAAUGCAAGUGUUGCUGCUGCAUCUUCAUCAAUGUCUCGGGGUCAUCAACGCUCACCCAGUGCCGAAUCUCAGCACCCGUACUAUGACGCUGAGUACUCCUUACAGGUACGACACCAGGUAGUAGCUGUGGGGACAGCUCUCGCAACCCCAUCUUUACCUGUAGGAGCACAACAAGGCCCUGUGAUGCUUACCAAUAAGAACCUGCAGUGCAUGCGUGCGACACUCUCAAUGGCCCACUGCCAUGGGGGAGUCCUAGGGGCAGCCUGGCACCUCCUCCUAACUACACUGCAGCACCUUGUUUGGAUCUUAGGACUCAAGCCAUCCACAGGGGGUAGUUUAAAGGCUGGAAGAAGCACAACAGAGACCAAUGCUGUCAUAACAACAGCUGUGAUAGCAGACCUUCCUGUUCUGUCUUCUAUGCUGAGCCGUCUCUUUGAGUCCUCUCAGCAUUUGGAUGACGUUGCCCUUCAUCACCUCAUUGAUGCACUCUGCCAGCUCUCUCGAGAGUCAAUGGAGCUAGCAUAUACCAACAGAGAACCCUCUUUGUUUGCUGUAGCAAAAUUGCUUGAAACGGGGGUUGUUAACCUUGGAAGAGUGGAAGUGCUAUGGAGGCCAGUGACCAAUCACCUCUUGGAUGUAUGCCAACAUCCGCAUGUACGGAUGAGAGAGUGGGGCGUGGAGGCUGUCACCUACUUGGUUAAGGCUGCCCUCACACACAAACACAACCCUCCUUUGAAGGAUAAUCAGAAACUGCAGACGCUGUUGUUAUCGCCAUUAUCAGAAAUAUCACUUGUGGGCCACCCUGAUGUACGGCAAAAGCAACUGGAGUCUCUCCUGCAUAUCCUUCACUCCUGUGGUGAGCUCUUGCAUCAUGGCUGGCCUCUGAUCCUGAAUAUCAUUGGGGCUAUUAAUGACAAUCACAGUGAGCAUUUGGUGCGACUGGCCUUCCAGUGCUUGCAGUUGGUGGUUACAGAUUUCCUGCCCCUCAUGCCAUGGGCUUGCUUACCUCUCACUGUGGAUACAGCAGCAAAGUUUGGUUCUCAGACUCAAGAGCUGAAUAUCUCUCUCACUGCUAUUGGCCUUAUGUGGAACAUCUCGGACUAUUUCUACCAGAAUCAGGAGAAGCUUCGUGCCUCCCUUACAUCUGACAACCAAGUAUUCCCUGACUUCCCUGGGGUACCCAACAUGCCGCCUUUUGACAAGCUGUGGAUGUGCCUCUAUGCUAGACUAGGUGACUUAUGUGUUGACUCAAGACCAGCUGUUCGCAAGUCUGCAGGCCAGACAUUAUUCUCCACAAUUGCAGCUCAUGGUGCAUUACUUCACAACCAAACUUGGCAAGCAGUCUUGUGGCAGGUAUUGUUCCCUCUACUGGACAAAGUACGUCAGUUGUCGGACUCUGCAAGCACAGACAAAGUGGACCAAGGUGGCAAUAUUUUGAUACAUCACUCACGCAACACUCAGCAGAAACAGUGGGCUGAGACACAGGUGCUGACACUGUCUGGUGUAGCGAGGGUGUUCAGUACAAAGCAGAAGAUCCUUCAGGGAUUGGGUGACUUUCCACGGGCAUGGGCUCUUCUGCUGGACUUCAUCCAUACAGCGGCACUCUCCAAAAGCAAUGAGGUAUCUUUAGCUGCUCUUAAGUCACUCCAGGAGAUGCUUCAGGCAGGACGGUCAUCUACUGUUGUCUCAUCAGGUUCCUCAGAUGACUUAAGUUCCUCCUCAAGUCUACAGUCUCCUCUUCCAGAAGAUUCUAUAGCAAAUUGGAACACUGCUUGGAAAGUGUGGCACACCAUUGGGACAGAAGUGACCAAACCUCCACCAGAAGAAGUGACAAGAGGUUCUGAUGCAUAUAUUCCUUCUCAGCCUUUCCUCACUGCCUUGGUUCAUAUUUUCCCACACCUUUUCCAGCAUAUAAAACCAAGAUUUGUUGUUAGUGACUUUACCCGAUUGGCGGCAGUGCUGUCUGGCUGUGUAUCAGUCCCUGUUCAUGGGGAAUCCUCUCCCUUCAUUCAUCCAUCGUUCACGGAUGUUGUGGUGACACCUCUACAAGAGGGUGUCUUGCAGGCCCUCACUGUAAUAGAGAAGGAGAUAACAGAAGGAAGUGUAUCAUCCAGAGCUAUGGUUCCAGAACUCUUCACUCUACUUCUCCAGUUUUCACACUACAGUUGUCAGGCUCCUAGUUAUGGGAAUGUGCUCACAAGACCUCACACUACCAAGGGCUCGUUUUAUUUACAGGCAGAUUGGGUGACUAUGAACUUCGUGCCAUUUGCUGAGCGCUCCAUGUCCAUGUUGGUGACUCUGUAUCAAACCACCUGUGCCUGGAAGGAGGUGAUAGAGGCUCAAGUUUUGAAGAAUAUUAUACAGGGUAUUACAAUGCCCCUCCACAAAAAGUAUCGGUGCCCGGCACAGACCACAUGGAAGCUGGCUAUUACAACACUCCUCGCAGUGCUGCAGGAAGGCCUGCAACUUGCGAGAGAACAUCCGACUCACUUCCGGGAAAUGUGGCCUGUCUUGGCCACUGCCCUUGAGAGUUUCCUAUUUUCUGAGAGCCCACCCCCAGCAAACCAAAGCAGCGAAGAUGCAGAGAGAGACGAGAGCAUAGACUGCCAAGUAGUGGAACUCAUACGUGAGGAAAUCUUACCAUACGCUUCCACGACUCCCAGUGACUUUAUUGUCUCCAUUAUGGUACUACUUAAUAAGGGUUCAAUAGAAUCUGCAUCAGGAGGGGAUUCAGAGUGUGAAGGCUUCAAGCUGCGAGAGGAGUUUGCCAAGACAUGCUUCGAGACCCUCCUGCAGUUCUCAUUACUCGCACCAACUGAUUUUGAUGUCAAGCUUGAUGGCUCAGCUCAAGGCUCAACAGGAAACAUGGAUAAAUUAGGAGCCGCCCCUCACGCGACCACGAAAUUAGCUGUCACGUCUCUGCUUCAUCGGUUUAGAGAAGUCCUUGUCAAGUAUGUGGAAGAUGAGAAGCUAAGUGGGAAGGCACCACUUCCAAGGCAUAGAAUAGCUGAAAUAAGUUUUGUAUUAAAGGCCAUAGCAACAUUGUUGAAAUCCUUAAAGACAGCACCAGUUGAGAAAGUGGACAGUAUGACCUGGGCACAGCUGAUUGGACUGUAUCCCCACCUGGUGGAAGUAGGAGGUGCCAGCAACAAUGGGACUCCACAGCUAUGGCGUUCCCUGAGAGAAGUCCUUUUGCAGUAUGCCCAGCUGUUGCGUGCUCCUGUGGCCACCUCGGAGGCUGAUAGCAAUGAUAAUCAGGUUGUCAGUAUGGUGAAUGGAACAUAGAGGAGGAAAUAAAGUAUUAGAUAUUUAUUUGAAAUGUCAUUUUAAUACAUGAUGUAGGUUGAGUGAAUAUUAGUAUUAGGAAAGACUGUGGUUUGGAAAUUGUAUUUUUGGGUAUUGUUUUUUAUUAUUACAAGAAAAGAAAAUUUAGGCCAUUGCUGUAGAAAUAAGGACAUUGAUUGUGUUCAGGGAAACCGAAUGCAAAAAAGAGAGGGAAAGAGGGAGAGAAAGUAAUUAAUUAAAGCAGUUUGAUAAUGAAACUAAGCAGUGGAUGAAAGAAGCUGGAAAUUUUGAUUGAGCACACCCAUUAUGAUAUAAGAGAGAUAUCACAUUUUGAUAAUGCUUCUGAAUCCAUGUAUGGAUAGUAAUGGCAGCUCAAUGUGUUAAGAAAAAUGAAAAUUAAAUUUAUUUUAUAUUUUUUUUCUAGGGAUUUGAGGUCAUUAUUAACAGUACUAUUAUUUUAUUUGAAAUGUGCCAGUUUAGCAUAGAUAAGUGAGCUCAUGUGGUUUAUAAGCAGCAGAAAAACCUACCAUGUUUAUUUUCUCCAAUUGCAUAGUGAUACACAAAAGUCUGUGGAAAUGAAUGUGAUGUCUUUUUGAUGAUUGACCAUAAGAGUCUGUUGAAAAAUGGAGAUGCCAUUUUCUGUGUGUGGCUGGUGAUUGAUGACUGUUGUCCACGUGAACCAAAGCUGAAAUGAAGGAAAAAUACGGAAUUCCGAUUUACUCCUAAGAAACCUCACCACCUUUUAAUAUAUUUUUUCCCCCCCACCACUUCCCAUCCACAUACACACCACUGAAUGUAUGUGAGCUUUGCAUAACCGAGGAGUAUCAAGGUGGUCUGACUUGCAAUAUUCCUAUGCACGCUGUUUUGCAGAUCACUUUUCAAUAAAUUGCUUUGCUGUUUCUCUGUUGAGUGAUCUGUAUGCAGCUUUCUGGUACUGUUAUAUAUAGAUAUAUAUAUAUAUGAAUAUAUGUUUAUUAUGAAGGCUUAUUACAGUAUAAGUUUAAUAUAUAAGAAAUGUGUACCUGUCCAUGGGAGCAAAGAGAAAAUGGGAUAUGGAAUUGAAUUUUUUGAGUGUUUUUCUCUUUUCUUCUGAAUUAGACUAUAGAGAAUAAAAUUUGUCUUUAAGGUAGAACUGAUCUGCCAUCAUGCAAAUAUUAUAAUAUGUUUUGUCUGCAGUGGUUAUCUAUACAAAAUGGAGGUGUAAUAUAUAUAUGUAUAUAUUUUUCAUUUUUUUCUUUGCUUUCUUUCUUAUUUUUCUGUUUUUCUUUUUUUUUUCUAAUUUUAUUUAUUUAUUUUUUUUUUUUUAAGAAAUCAAUUUUAUUUGACUCUUCAUUUUUUACUGCAUGAUGUAAAUGAGAAGGUGAGAUCUUUGGUCACUUACUCUUCUAGAGUCCAGAUAUUUCAAAAAUAUUUUUUUUUAUACAGCUCCCUUUAUUGGGAGGGCAUUUUCUUUCAAAUCUUAGUUACUGUCUUGGACUUUCGUAGGUAUGGUGCAUUUUUUUCUGUUAGGCAAUGUAUUCUGUAUUUAUACUAUUGUUUUUAUUAUUUUUUUUAAAAGUUCUAGUGUAUGCCCAGUUCAGGUUUGAAAAUACUUUGUCCAGAGGAGAAUAACUAGAGAAUGUAUAAACACAUAAUGGAUACAUUGUCUUAUUCUUUCAAUCUUUCUCUAUUUUGUUCCUGGUGUUCUGGACAGUAUGCUGCCAUUUGUGUAGCAGAUGAUGUAUUUCAUAUUUUGCCUUUCAGAAGUAUUUGAAGGUAAUUUUGCUGCCAGUCCUUGCAAGUCUGUGGUAACAUCCUGUAUUGAACAGAAGGGCCCCAAUCUUACCGGCCACUUAAUAUUACUGAGCAGGAAAUGGUAAGAGUGCUAAUGCUAUUCACGCCCUGAUUUAUAGGUAGGCAAGAAGGGUAGCUUCCUAGGGUCCUCAACAUCUUUUGGGCCUUCACAUUUUAGGUACAUUCACAUGUGCUUGAUUCCUCUAAAGACUAUAUGUGUAAUAAUUUUACAGUGAUAGGAGCAAACUUUAUAUUGAUUAUUUCCAUUUUACCAAAAAUCAAACAAACAAGUAAUAGCUAUCAGAAUGGACACAUAACAUAAUUUAUAUAUGAAUUAGGUUCAUGGGCAUGAAAAAAAAAAAUUAUGCAUUUCUCCCUUGAUUUUUUUGAUGUCUGAGGGUUUCUAGGAAACAAAUAUUGUUUUCAGUCUUUAUUUCAAAUUUCCACUUAAUUACGUUCCCUUAAAGAAUGAAUAGGUUUGAGCCCCCACUUAAGUGAAUACACAUGAGGACAAAUGUUUGUGUACUUUCUACAAUCUACAUACAUAUUGUGUAUCUUCGGAUUUGUAUGCUUAGCAUUUGUAUAAAAAAUAUCUUGCAUCUGUAUUUUCUACAAGAGUUAAAUGGAAAUAUUUGGUGUGACUAUUACAAAAAAUAAUGGGACAAGCCCAAGUAUAUAGAGCUUCUCAAUAUGUUAAGAUUAUAGUCAAGGGGCCGGAUUCACUAAUGUAUGAUUGUAAUGCAUUUAACAGUGGUCAAUUACCAUCACAUUUACCAGCGAUGAUAAGAUGGGAUUCACAAAGAGAUGGUAACUCACCACGUAAGAGUUACCAUUGCAAAUCGACCUGUCCUAAUGAAAACUAUAGUUGAGCAAUGCCUCCAAUCAACAAGUGCCAUACAAAAUUCUUUAGGUUCCUUUGGUCAAAUCCAUAAGCAUGUGUUGAAAAUUUGAAAAUUUAUUUUGUUUAAUUAUAUCAAUCACGUGGGAUGUUGAAAAACCUCCCUGGCUAUUUAUUGUCAACAUGAGAACCAGUACAAACACUGUCAUACUUGUAGCUGAGUUAACAUAACAUUAUCUACUGUCAACUAAAGAAUCAGCCCAAAACACAGUUUUUAUUUAAUUAUUUACUUAAUUCUCUUCAUUGUCAAACAAGGAACUGAACCAAACACACUUUUUAUUCAUCUCCAUUUAUCGUCAAAGGAAAUAAUCUAAAUUCGUUCUUGUCCCACGUCCGUAAGUUUGUGUUUCUUUUGUAUUUUUAAUAAUAAUGUUUAAGAAUAAGAAUGCUUUAAGAAUUCACUGAUCUAUCGAUUCUAUAUACUUUUUAUAAUCUGAUAUGGGCCUUUGUUUACUUAUAAUUUUCCUAGAGUUUGCAUGAACACUAGUCUUGCUCAUUUAAUGUGAACUUUGCAUUUCUACUCCAUGUGAUAUGUAUUUGCCAUCAUUGUAAUCAUGAUAGUUAUUAAAACAAACCAAAAACUGCUUAAAUAUUGAUUUUUGGAAGAGAUAAUAUGUGAUGAUGUCUUUUGCUAGUGUUUUGAUCAGUGGUAAAAUUUACCAUGGAAAUUCUGAUGGUAAGUGGAUACCACUGCUGUCUGGUUAUGAUGGUAACUGAAGUUACCAGCGAUUUUACCAUUGCAAAUGCGUUAGUGAAUUUGGCCCAAGGUCAUUUCCCUUUUAACCUUGGUUAGAAGCAUUGGCAAGCACUCUAGGGGGCUAGACCUGAGUUAUAUUGGCCCAAAGUCAGCAUAUUUUUUGUAGACGGUAAAGAUCUGUAGUCAGUAAUUGUCCUCAAAAUUUGUGGAGUGCUAUUGUGCAAUUAUAAAAACAUUUUGGAGCCAGCUUAGGCAUGGCCAUGAAGGUUUUGUGAGUGACAAUGGUGCUCAGACUAUGCUUCUGGUGUGAUAGGAAGUACAAGGUGCAUGAAAGAGUAGACUGCAGAUUGGAGGAAGUACACAAAAAAUUUCCUUUAUUUGAAAAUGUAUACACAUAAAGCAGUAAAAUGUAAAUGUUUACUAGAUAUCUUAAAGAUGGCUCCUAGUAUGUCUUCCCCUAAGGUAGGGGACCUCUGUAUAGAAGCUGCUCAGAGGCCUCCACGUUUUUCAGUCUGGCUCUGAUACAAUUCAGACAAGCUAAGAAAAAAAAGACAAGUUGGUGAAUGACUGGCUAAAUUUAAAUCAAAUGCUGGAAAGUUGCAGUGUAUAAAAUGUACAGAAGAAAAUUUAAUCUUUGAGUGAAUUUCUGAUACCAUUUUACUUUGCUGUAGAUAGAAUUAGUGUAGGAAAUAUUUUUGGUUUAGGAAUACAAAUUUAUUUAUUGUGAUAUGUAGUUUUAAAUACCACAAAACACACGUGUGUAUAUAUAAAUAUGCAAGAAUAUGUGAAAAAUUAAGAUGAAGUGGAUUUGCUGUUUUUGGAAAAAAUGUUACGACUUUAUCAAUUUACUUUGGGAGGAAGUAAUUUUGAUUCCUAAAAGAUGGAGUGAAAGUUUCCCGUAAAUGACAUUUGAGAAACCCUGCGUGAGUUAAUAAUUUUCUCAUUAAACUGUUCUAUACUUUCUUUUGUAGGUGUUGAAAUUUGAUAAUUUCUCAGUGUACAUUGUUAUAAGUGUCUGUAGAUACUUAGCCCUUCCAUACCAUGACUUCGUGCAUAUGCACGUGUAUUGUAUGUGUCUAUAGGAUUCUCAUGUGAGAAUUAUAUGUCAAAAAUAUGGAUUUUGUACACAUUUGUCCAAGGAAAUUAGCACCAAGUUUCACUGAUUUAUGCAUUAUUGAUUUAUAUGUAUCACCUACAGCAGAUUCUACGUAGUGAAUAGAAAUGAAGCAAUAUUAAUAUUUAGCAAUGAUUUUUAUUUUACUUCUUGUUACCCUUUUUCUUUCAGACAGGAUUUUGUUAGUCAUUAUAUUUGCCUUUAUUAUAUAAUCUCAGAACGUGGCUUCUUGUACUAGAUAUUACAUUUUUGAUCUGUUGAAUAUGCUGGAUUUCUUUCUUUUGUACUUCUUUUGCACAUACAUACAUACAACAAUGAAGCCACAUCCUUGUUAAUCUGUUGUUGUCACUAACUUCCAUACUUAAUUUUGAAUUGUCCUUAUUUUAGUAUGCAUGAGUAUCUCUUACAGUUUUUGUUGAAAGAGUACCUAAAUGACAUGCCAUUCGUUUAAUUAGAAGUGCAUUACAUUAUCUGUAAUUUUUACGGUAAGUAGAGAGGUUCUUGGCCAAGUAAGUGUGUGGUGAUGCUUGAAGAUUUGAGACUUCAAUUCCUGUUCUUAAUGGUUUAGAUGACUGUAUGUGUCCUAGAUAGAGUUUUCAUUGCACUUUUUGAUGUCUGUUGUAAGAGAGUGAAUAUUUUUUUGAGAAAUGAUGAAUCAUAAUGAAAGAAUUUGAUGCAAGAAAUUUUUAAUUAUUAACUGUGCAAAUGGAAUGCACAAAAAAAGUUACGUUAGUUUUGUUUGGAAAUCCAUAGAGUAUCACCCUAUCGGUGAGGAAGAACUAGUGAUUAUACUUUUGGAAUGACAGUGUUCUCUUCCCUUAGGCACGUACAAAUAUAUCUAAAUGUUCACUUGCCAACUGAACAACAAAUGUACUCCUGUAAUCUGCAUCAGUUACUUUGUACUUUGAAAAAGUUGCAUUCUUGCUCUUUCUACUUAUAUGCAGAGUGUCCUUUCAGAGGUACUCUUAAAUGAAUAUAGAUUGUUAUCAGAAAAGUAUAAUGUAAGGGUACUGUUGGCAAGUGUGUUUCUCAUAGCUGUAGUCAUGUUUGGUGUGAAAUUAAUUCCAGUGGACAGAAGCUAUAGACAUAAACUGCCCAUGAUUCUUCUCUUUAUUUUUUGCUCUCAAUUUUCCUCUCACUUUGACAUGACUGAAUGUCUUUAGGCUAUUUACUUACAACACUGACUUAAUUAUUAUUUGCCAUCUUAUGCUUGAAGAAGUUUGAGGGCAGUCUUCAAGAUACCUCAGAGUCAUCAGUUCAUAUUACACAUAUCAGAUUAAGUUGUUGUCUUCAAAGUUAACAGUGUGUGACUUUGUAUGUUUAAAAAUGUAAAAAACUCUUAAGAGGAAGAGCUUACUUUAUUAAACAGUGUGGAUUGUGUGGCCAAGUAUCCUCCUUUGAAUUAUGCAGCUGGACCACUUAAAAACAUUUGGAUUAUUGGUAAAUUAUUUAUAAUAGAGGGUCUGAAAAAGGCACUGAAAAAAGUGUGAAUAUAGGGAAAUGGGACAGGAACCAUAGAAGGAUUUUUAAAAAUGUCUUUUCUUUUAAUAAGGGGUGGGGUGAAACAUAGGGAUUUUAUGAUGUGCAUUUUGUCUUGCAGACUUACACUGCUGGAUAAUCAACUGAUUUUUUCUUAAUGGGGAAGAGUAGUAGUUAGAAAUUUUAACCAUUCUGGAGAACUGGACAAUUCAUGAUUUUCUUCCAUGAAAUAGUAUGUGACAGAGAAUGAAUGAAAGAAUGUUUGUGGUUUUUGUGUACAAUCUUAGACUAUAUGUUCUCUGUAUCUGUGCAAGCAAUUCUUGUACAGAAAGGCCAUGAAAAGCUUAUGCAAGUCUACUUGAAGUGUACUUGAACUCUUGCUUGUUCAGAGGCUGAUAGUUUUCUAUAUAUUUUACAAAUUUUAAGAAGGAUUAAGUGUAUAUAAAAUAAUGGUAUGUAUUGCAGCACUUAUAUUAGGCAGAAAAUAAUACAGAGGUUUGAGAUAUGAUGAUUUUGACAAUGUUUUUAAGCGGAGUUGUGUUUUAAAGGCUAGCGAGAUAUCUUUAAAUUUACAAAGAAGUCACAACAUGUUUAUAUUAGGAAUGUUUAUAUUUUAAAAUGAAAUUAGUUUUGUUUUAUUUACAUAUCACAAUUUUAGUCUUAUAGUGCAAUGUGAUGGAUGGAUAGGUUACUGUUGAUAUAGUUAUUAUUAUUAUUAUAAAACUUAUCUUAAUUUUUUUUCUUCUUAGUAUUUAUCAAGUGGUCUUGAUUACAUAAUGAUAAUUAUUUAGGUUGUGUAUUUAUAGACAAGGAAAUUUGUAAACUUGAAGUUUUUGAGAGGGAGAGUUUUAUCCUGUAAAAUCUGCCAAUGAGCUUCGUGAAAUUACAGUGGUUGUUAAAUUUGUAAGGAAAACAAAUAAAGUUUUAUGUUAAC